AACGUUUAGACAUUUUCAGGAGUACCUAUAUAGGUGUCUGAAAAGGCGUAACUAGAAAAAUGUUCAAGUUGUUUGUGUUUAUCAUUAUUUCUGUAAUUUGUGUUGUCAGAGCACAUGAUUUGGAAUUCAAGUAUCAUUCGAACGAGGAACUGAGCGAUGUGUUGAAAGGGUUCGCAGAAAAUCCCGCUGGAUCGAACUUGAGGAGAAAUUUGUAUAAUAUAGGAUUGUCUUCGGGAAGGCCAAAGAGCAAUAUCAAACCAUCUCCGCUUUGGGUGCUCGAAUUAACAGCUGCCCCAGAAGGAAAAAUCGGAGUACCAAACAUCAAGCUCGUAGGAAAUGUGCAUGGUACCGAAACAGCCGGCAGGGAGGUACUCUUGCAUUUUAUUCAAUAUUUGAUAGACGAGUACGGUACCAACGAGAAGAUCACCUGGUUGCUGAAUAACACUCGCAUCCACAUCGUUCCCAGCCUGAAUCCGGACGGAUUCGCCGUAGCCCAACCGAAUAACUGCUACGGAUGUUCCACCUGCCUGGGCAUGGGUGUUACUGAUCAAGACAUCCUCAUCAGCAGCAAUUUUCCGGACUAUUUCCACGCCAACGAGGUCCUGGAACACGCCGCUGAAACCCAGGCCGUCAUGAAGUGGAUGAAGGACGUCAAAUUCGUGCUUUCUGGGAGCUUUUUUGGAAGCUUCGUUGUGGCGAUUUACCCUUAUUGCAACAAAAAUGAGACUUUUACCGUUAAUCCAACCCCAGAUGACGAUGUUUUCCAGCAUUUGGCUAGAACUUACGCAAAAAAUCACGUAAAUAUGUAUAAAGGAGAGAGUUGUCCUAAUUCUAAGAAGAAGUUCGUUGAUGGCAUUGUUAAUGGUGCAUCAUGGCAAAAUCAUGAUGCCGAUAUGACGGAUUACAAUUACAUUUUCCGGGGUUGUAUGGAUGUCCGUUUCGAGAUAUCCUGCUGUAAAUAUCCACAGAGCGAAGAACUUGAAAAUAUAUGGAAUGAUAACAAAAAUGCUUUGGUGGAGUAUUGUUUCCAAGCCAAUCGUGGAGUUACUGGAAGAAUUUUAGAUGCAGAAACUAACGAUCCAGUCGAGUCGAACCUGAUGGUGGUUGGUAGGAAUAUGGAAUUCCAAAAUUUUCCCCAAACAGGAGAAUUCUGGAGGAUAUUAUUACCGGGCGACUACACCUUAGAGGUCAAAGCAAACGGUUAUUACACCCAUAGACAAAAUUUUACAGUCAAAGAUUACGGACAAGAUUUCCCUAUUCUAACAAACCUUACCAUUUACCUCGAAAAUUCGACAAUUUCCACUACUACAACCACAUUAUCAACCACUACUGAAACAACUACUAUACAACCUAGCACUUCUGUUGCAACAUCUGCAAGGACCUCUACAAAUCGUACAACAGCCACCGAUAUAAUAACCCAGAAAAGCACCAUGAAGAGAAUACUAACGAAAAAAACAACGAUAAUGGAGAAAGAAAACGUAACGUCGAUCGAGCCGUUACAAAUAGUAAAACAAAAUAACAGUGGUUAUUAUCUUGCACAAAACGAAGCGUUAUUUGUGACUAUCUUAUUGCUUCCAAGAUUGAUAUAACGAGGAAAACGGAAUGGAAACGAAUAAAUUUAGAAAUCUCAAAUGACGAAUGCGACAGUUGUCUGAUUUAUUUAUUCAGGGUAUCAACUCGAGAGAAACUUUUAUUUUUCUGUAGAUUCGUUAUUUUAAACGACGUAUAUUAUAAUAACAGUACUUGUUAGAGAUAGAUUGAGCGGAAUUAUUCGAAAUAUUAUCUUCAAGUUUUUCUUGUUUGAUCCCCUUCGGAAAUUAACAAUCUAUAUAGAUGCGCCUUAAUAGCAAACAAUUGUAAUAUCAACUUUUAAUUAAUUGUUAUUCAUACAAUUUUUAUAUAAGUUUAAAUUUGUUACACAUAAUAUUAUCUGUGAUAUGUAAAAAUGGAUUUUAAUUAAUCUUAUAAACUUACGGGUGUUCUGUAUCAGAAUCAAAAGUAUCAAUAAAAUAG